GCCUGUGCGCAAGCCCCAAAGUGAGCGAGAUGUCCCUGUGGGGAGCAGUCCCUCUGCACCCCAGAGAGAGGAGGACGCAGGGGUCUAUCGGAGAUAGCUGCAGGACGAGCAGGGGAGGCACCUGUGGAAGGUGGUACGCUGCUGGCCCCCUGGCAGUCAAGAAGGGGAGCUUGCUAGUGAGAAGAUCGCCCAGAGGCAUCUGGGACAGUGUGGGAGAGUCCGGAAGAUUACAACCAUGCCUCACAGCUCCGACAGCAGCGACUCCAGCUUCAGCCGCUCUCCUCCCCCCGGCAAGCAGGACUCAUCCGAUGAUGUGAGGAAAGUUCAGAGGAGAGAGAAGAACCGCAUUGCUGCCCAGAAGAGCCGACAGAGACAGACACAGAAGGCCGACACCCUUCACCUGGAGAGCGAGGACCUGGAGAAACAGAAUGCGGCUCUUCGAAAAGAGAUCAAACAGCUCACAGAGGAGCUAAAGUACUUCACAUCGGUGCUGAGCAGCCACGAGCCCCUGUGCUCCGUGCUAGCCAGUGGCACCCCCUCGCCCCCCGAGGUGGUAUACAGCGCCCAUGCCUUCCACCAGCCUCACAUCAGCUCACCACGCUUCCAGCCCUGAGCUUCUGGAUGAGAAGAGAACAAAGCCAUGGUCGAUGCUACUCCUGUGAUCCUAUGGAGGGGCCAUGCAAACUGAGGCCAGGCUGCCCUCAUACCUCUAUCCAGAGGCCCAGUGACAGAGGCCUGGACAAAUAUUGAACACAAGGACCAUAGUGGUCCAAGAGACAUGAGGCAUCCCGGGAAAGUAUAGUCAAUGUACUGAACUCUCCCGGGGAAAUCUAGCCCAUGUACUGGACCCAGAAACUGACGAAACAACCCUGGAGUGUCAGUGUCGCCAAUUAUGCCCAAGAUGCAACGCACAGAGGGAGGAGGGCAGGGGAUGUAGAGUUUUCUAAAUAAAUAUUUUCCAAGAAACAA